CUUCCACGCCGCCAGGUGUCGCUGGCGUGCAGAGAGCCGCUGUUUGACGUCACAGAAGAAGUCCAGUGAGUGUCCUUCACAACAGCAAACAUGGCGACUGCUACCAAAAUCAUCCAGAGACUCCGAAAUUUGUUAUCUGGGCACGACUUGCAAAGCAAACUGCAGCUGCGGUAUGAGGAGAUUGCAAAGAGGACUCAGCCACCACCCAAACUGCCAGUGGGCCCGAGCCACAAGUAUGCCAGCAACUACUACUGCAGCAGAGAUGGACGCAGAGAGUCAGUCCCCGCCACAGUCAUCAUGUCUUCUCAGAAGGCCCUCACAGCUGGCAGUCAAGUUGCUGAAGUCCCAAAGCUUCCAGUGACCCCUGGUCCCGUAUACAAGGAGCCAGCACUCUCUACAGACCAGCCAUACCUCUGAGCAGCAGGAUUAACUCCAUCCACUUCAACAACCUAAAUUUCUCCAUCCAAACCUGCUGUGGAGGCCUUACUACUGCUUGUGUUGGCUGUAUCCUGUACAAUAGAAAAUGUGAAUAAAAUGUGUUCUAUUUAA